GCUUUUCAAAGUAGCUGGUUCCUUCACUGAACGUUCUCCCGGCCAACGUGAUCUCACCAAAGCCGCUGAAGAGAUAGCGGCUCUCACCAGUGGUCAAGUUCAGGCUGGAGAGAUCGAAUGUCGGUCGAGAAAGAUUUCUUGGGGCAUGAAGGAUAAGAACCCGAUGGAAAACAUACGCUUCUAUGCAGAGAAAGGAUCUAUGCGGCUCAGUCGAACUGAGUUCCCUACUACAUUACCUCGAGCUUUUGAAGAUGCUGAGACUAUUGUGUUCCUGAAGUCACAGGAUUCGCACAAGAGACAAUCUACUAGAGCUGCUCUUGACGAGUGGCUCAAGCAGCAACCCGAGUCGGAUCGUCUUAGUGAUGCAUCCCCAAUGAAGAUCGGUUCGCUCACUCCCCCAUCGACCACUCAGAAGAUCCUCCCACCUAAUCGAGCACAGUUGAAACGUGUUUUCUCACUCAUCACGCCGAAUUAUGAAAGCCCCAGUAGCCAACCCAAGAGUAACCCUGCGAGGAAAGCGAAACCCGAGAAGUGAUCACCUUCUUUUGGAGAAGCGGAUGUUGAUUCUCUUCUUUGCAUUCAGCCAUUUGUCGUCGAGUACAUUGUCUCUCUUG